CCGCCAUGGGCCGGUCCCGGCCGGGCGAGCGCGGGGCCCCGGGGCCCGGCCCCGCCGCGGCCCCCGCGCCCCCCGCGCCCCCGCCGCGCCGCGCCCCCCGCGCCCUGGCGCUGCUCGGGGCCCUGCUCGCCGCCGCCGCCGCCGCGGCCGCCGCCCGGGCCCUGGCCCGCUACUCCGAGGCCCAGGCGGCCGCGCGGCAGGAGGCGGCGCUGCAGGCCCUGGGCGCGGAGGGCCUCUUCCUCUUCUCCUCGCUGGACGCUGACCGGGACCUGCGCCUCAGCCCUGAGGAGUUCCGGCCGAUCGCCGAGAAGCUGACAGGGUCCACGCCCACCACCAGCUACGAGGAGGAGGAGCUGCCCCCGGACCCCAGCGAGGAGACCCUCACCAUAGAAGCCCGGUUCCAGCCUCUGCUCCCCGAGUCCAUGACCAAGAGCAAGGACGGCUUCCUGGGGGUCUCCCGCCUGGCCCUGUCCGGCCUCCGCGACUGGACGGCCGCCGCCUCGCCGCGGGCACAGCUCGCCGCCCGCCACUUCCGGGCCUUCCUGCCGCCGCGCGGCCAGGCGCUGGGCGAGCCCUGGUGGCUCAUCCCCAGCGAGCUGAGCGUCCUCACCGGCUACCUGCCCAACAACCGCUUCUACCCGCCGCCGCCCAAGGGCAAGGAGGUCAUCGUCCACCGGCUCCUGAGCAUGUUCCACCCGCGGCCCUUCGUGAAGACCCGCUUCGCCCCGCAGGGGGCGGUGGCCUGCCUCGCGGCCGUCAGCGACUUCUACCUCACCGUGGUGUUCCGGAUCCACGCCGAGUUCCAGCUCAGUGAGCCGCCCGACUUCCCCUUCUGGUUCUCGCCGGGCCAGUUCACCGGCCACAUCGUCCUCUCCAAAGAUGCCACCCACGUCCGCGACUUCCGGCUCUUCGUGCCCAACCACAGGUCUCUGAACGUGGACAUGGAGUGGCUGUACGGGGCCAGUGAGAACAGCAACAUGGAGGUGGACAUCGGCUACAUCCCCCAGAUGGAGCUGGAGGCCACGGGCCCCUCAAUACCCUCUGUGAUCGUGGAUGAGGACGGCAACGUGAUUGACAGCCGCCUGCCCUCAGGGGAGCCCCUGCAGUUUGUCUUUGAGGAGAUCAGGUGGCAGCAGGAGCUGAGCUGGGAGGAGGCUGCCCGGCGCCUGGAGGUGGCCAUGUACCCCUUCAAGAAGGUCACCUACCUGCCGUUCACCGAGGCCUUCGACCGCGCCAAGGCCCAGAACAAGCUGGUGCACUCGAUCCUGCUGUGGGGGGCGCUGGACGACCAGUCCUGCUGAGGUUCGGGGCGGACUCUCCGGGAGACGGUGCUGGAGAGUUCGCCCGUCCUCGCCCUCCUCAGCGAGAGCUUCGUCAGCACCUGGGCCCUGGUGAAGGAGCUGGAGGACCUGCAGAGCAACCAGGAGAACCCGUCCCUCAAGCAGCUGGCGGACCUGCACCUGGAGAAGUACAGCUUCCCCGUGGAGAUGAUGAUCUGCCUGCCCAACGGCACCGUGGUCCACCACCUCAACGCCAACUACUUCUUGGACAUCACCUCCAUGAAGCCCGAGGACGUGGAGAGCGGCGCCUUCAGCUUCGCGUCCACCUUCGAGGACCCGUCCACGGCCACCUACAUGCAGUUCCUGAAGGAGGGCCUGCGGCGCGGCCUGCCCCUCCUGCAGCCCUAGAGGCCGCCCCGCCUGGGGAGGGGGCGGGAGCUGGGCAGAGGCCUCCACAGCGAGGCUCCUGUACGUUCCCACCCCACCACUCCCAGACGCCUGGGAGGCAGGGCGUGGCGUGGGUGGGGUGCCAGAGAGGUGCCCCUGUUUUUGUCCGGAGCCUUCUUCCUGGCACAGCCCUCGCUGCCCUCUGUGCCCGGCCGCCAGGGGGUCAGGCUCGAAGAGACGGCCCUCCUUCAGAAGCAGAAACCACACAGUACCCCAGACCCUGGCUCCCCAGACCAGUCUAGUCUAUUCGACUUAAUGAGAGGACCCCAAGCCUGUCUGGGGACUUCCUGGAGGCCAUCUGCCUGGGAAGAUCUAUGCCCUUAGGAAGGGGGUCCCCGAGGCCCAGACCCACGCCACCACCCCCGCCCACCCCGCCCACCUCAGCACAGGGUGCAGCAGCACUGCUGGGACCAGAGCCCGGAGUGGCCCUGAGACCUCAGUGCCACGGGAGUGCAGCCCAGCCAAGGAGCAGAGCCGCCCGGACCAGCCUGUGCGCCCUGCAGGGUGCUGACGCUCCUUGGCCGCGCUUGGGGCCUCAGUUCACAUCCCAAGCCACUGACCACGCCAGUCUCUUUUUUAUACUCGCAGGAGAGUGUUUUUACGUGAACUUUCUCACCGUUUGUAGGUAUUUUUAUAGCCCGUGCUAAGGAGAAGGAAGGGGCAAAGGCUUCCUCCAGCAGCUGCCCAUGAUGGCUGCGUCUGAAAUCCCAGAUGGACCCAGCUUGAUGUCUCUGCAGCGGCACCCUGGGAAGCAGCAGUCCCCUCUCCCUUCUCUUCUAGUUUUUUAAACAAACAGCCCUCAGAGGGCCAGUCCGCCCUCGUUCUCCCUCAGCCCACGAGGCCCCCGGCCUUUCACUAAGGCCUGGCAGCCCAGCCUGCUCCCACCCUUAACCCUGGAGGAGGAAGGUGGCAGACGCUUCCCCAGACACAGCCCCAGCCUUCUCAGCGAAGGCACCUGGUUAAGAUUCCGUGUCUUUUCUCAUUUAACCCUCACAGCCAGCCUGGCGGGUGGAUGUCAAUUGUUCCCAUUUUGCAGAUGAAGAAACCGAGUCUCGGGAAAACAAGCUGGCUUGCCCACCGUCCCUCAGUGUAGAGUUGAGAUGCGACCUGAGUCUUGAUGGCGGGUGUUUUGCACCCUUACCACGCCCCCGCCUGGUUUCACUGAGGUGAAAAGGAAAGCCUUUCAAACCACCCUUUCGUUCCCUCCCGAUCUCUAACCAAACGAGGCGUGAGCUAGCGAGCUCAGCCAGGUUCCUGUCCGCUGGGAGGCAUGCUUCCACGCCCUUCACGGAGGGACGGGCCGAGACCUUUCCCGGUGCUUCCAAGCUUGGGUGACGUGAGGAGCUGACUGUUCUGGCUUUCAGCAUCUUCAUCAGGUGCUUCUGCCUGACCUCCAUGUGCCGCCAAGCUCGUGGCGGGGAGGGCCCCGGCUCCCUCUUGUCACCCCUCUGCCACUUCCUUCCCUGUCCCCAACUCGUCCUGUAAUAAACCUGAAGAUACGAG